AUGGAUUCAAUAUCCGCAUCAGAAAUUCACAAUAGAGAUGGUAAAGGAGCUUUUCAGUCUGAAAAUUAUUCCGCUGCGUAUAGGCACUAUUCUUUUGCAAUAGAAGUCGCUAACCCAAAAUGUGCUAAGUACUACUUAAAUCGUGCGAGAACAAACCUUAAAAUGAAUCAGUACAUGUUUGCCUACGAAGAUGCAGAAGAAGCUCUCACGCUUGACCCU